GGAAGGAGAGGGACGGGCAUUGGAAAGGCGUAGAAGGAGUGGGACCAACUUUCCUGUGUUCACAUCGGAGUACACAACCCGUGUGAGUCCACGCAUCUUCAACCACAGGAAUGCCAAGUUAUACUCCAUGGAUUCUUCCAUGUGUAGAAUCUGGGCCUUCAGCUGUGGACCUGAGGACACCAAAGAUUGAUUUUUUUCGCUGGAUGAAGGGCAGAGAAUUACUGGGGCUUUAAAAGAAGAAAAUCUGAGUUUGGAGCCUUAAGCCUGUUAAUGGCAAUGUCUACAAAGGCUGCAGGAGACCCUGCACUGCCUGGAGUUCUGGUGCCAGACUUUGAAGGACCUCACAGGAUAAGUGAGGAUCACGUGGGAGAGCUGCAGAAACACUUUACUCUUAUUACCAUGAAGCAAUUUUUGGAAAACAAAACAGAAUUCAGUCAAAAGAUCCAAGCUAUAUAUAUCUGGGGCGGAAGACCAGUGAUCGACCUGCAGCUGCUGGGGAGCCUGCCCUGCCUGAAAGUCAUUGCUAGUCCAGGUGCAGGCCUGGACCACCUGGAUCUGCCGCUCAUCGCCAGCUAUGGUGUGAGGGUGGCCCACACCCCACAUGCAGUGUCUACUCCCACAGCAGACCUGGGGAUGGCCCUGCUGCUGGCCUCAGCUCGCAGGGUGGUAGAAGGUUGUCAGUUGGCUAUCUCACCGGACACAGUGCACUUCCCUAUAAACUGGCUGGGGCAGGAAGUGUCCGGGGCCACUCUGGGGAUCAUUGGCAUGGGUACCAUUGGCUAUAAGAUUGCUCAAAGGGCCAAAGCAUUUGAAAUGAAGAUUCUGUAUCACAACAGGAACCGCAGGAGGCUGGAGGAGGAAGCUGCAGUAGGUGCUGCCUACUGUGCCAGGCUAGAAGACCUGCUGCAGCACUCUGACUUUGUGAUGCUGGCCGCCAGCCUGACACCCCAGACCCAGGGACUGAUCGGGAGACGGGAGCUGCAGCUGAUGAAGCCAAGCGCUGUGCUGGUCAAUGUCGGCAGAGGGCUGCUGGUUGAGCAGGAUGCGUUGGUGGAAGCUCUGCAGACUGGGGUCAUUAAGGCCGCAGCACUGGAUGUGACAUACCCAGAGCCCCUGCCAAGAGAUCAUCCCUUGUUGAAGUUGAAGAACAUCAUUGUCACACCUCACAUUGGAAGUGCAACUCACCAAGCCAGGCAGCAAAUAGUGAGAGAUCUGGUUGAAAGCAUCCUGGCAGCUCUCCAUGGCUUUCCUGUUCCUAACGAAGUGCUACUUAAGUGACUUGUGUGGACUGAGAAGCCCAGCAGACUGAAGGGGAAAGCUGUAUUUCUGUGUGCUUUGUGUCACGUCCAUCAUGCAGACCAGCUUCAAGUUAUCUGGGCUGGGUAAUCUUUAAUAGGUAGCGUUUAUUGAAGGCUUACUGCAUGCUUCGCUUCCAUCCUCUCACUUCUUCCUGAGGGAAAUUCCAUCCCGCUUGUCUAGAGUCAGCUGAAUUUAAAGGAGAUCCUAGACUUAGUUUUGAUUUGAAUUUAAAUUGAAACCCUGGACUAGAUCUGCAAAUCUAGUGGGCUAUGCUACUUUCUAUUUUGUUAAAUUCAGAUAGCUUCUUGGAUUAUAUAUUCUCCCUGAUACUUAGAUCACUGUUUAUUUCUUUCAGUCAUCCAAUAGGUAAUUAUUGAGAACCUCUCAGGUUGCCUGCCACGUUCUCUGAGCUGUGGCUACCACAGGAAACAAGGCAAGGUCUGCUCUCUGGUGUAUUUUGCAGUGAGGGGCGCCAACCAGCAUCUGCAACUGGGGAGGGCAGCGUCAAGGAGGAGGCAGGAGGAAGGAGGGACGUGCCUGGGCCGUCAGUCGCCUGCAGGGACUGUUGAGAACGGCCAGGAUUAUGGGAUCCAGAUUAGCACACUUCCUUUUGGAGGUGCCUAGAUAGACAAGUGCCUUGUCUUUGUCUAGAUGGGCAAGUGAAGAAGUAUUACAGGAAAGAAGUAUUAUGGCAGGAGCAAAUAAAUUGGCUGUAGGAACGGGAAGAAAAAUGAACCCUUCGCAGGCUGGCAGGCGGAGGGUCUCCCCAUCCACCCCGCGGGAUCAUUCAGGGAGGCCUCACUUCCACCCCGCCGUCCAACCAGCCAGUUCGGUGCGGGAGGGCCUCCCUAUCCACGCGACCCGCCUUCUCCUGCGGGCUCUCUCGGCCGGUUUCUCGUGCACGUACCAGCCUUCUCGUUCACUUCAGCAGCGCUCCCUUCUGUCAGUUUCGUGCUAUUUCUAACCUGUCUACACAAAUUCAUUUUUACUAGGAUGCAUAAAAACAGAAACUGCA